AUGAGCGGUGAUUCCGUCGGCGAUGAGAUGGAAACGAAGCCUAAUGAAAUUGAAAAAUCACAUUAUUUAUCAAUUCAUGAAAAAUUAGAGCUCGAUGAGAACCCCGACGUCACCGGAAAAAAUAUCUCUAGAGCCUUCAUUGAAGAUUCAAGAGUGAAAAAUAGUAAUCUAAGGAAAAAAUUUGAAGAUUUGGACCCUACUCCAGAAAAGCUAAAUUUGUCUGAGAAGACUGCCAUUGAUAGUGCACUUAUUGAACAUGAUAAUGACAUCAUUCGAGAUCUAUCACAUACGGGGUCAAAUGAGGGAUACGAAAAAAGACAAAGUUCAACUUCAGUACCAGUUACAGCUGAAGCAGCUUUAGGAACAGUCGACUCAGAGAGGAAUGACCAGAAUUCAAAGAUUACAGCGUAUGCUAGGUUGGAUUUUGAGAAUUUCACAUUUUUCGUCCAAACUCUACAGGUAGUACUUGGAAGAAAAUCUAAUGAUGACUUAGUUCAUGGAAUACAUCACUCUGUUGAUGUUCAUUUGUCUUCAAAAAGAGCAAUAUCGAGGAGACAUGCGAAGAUAUUUUAUAACUUUGGAACACAAAGAUUUGAGUUAUCAAUUUUAGGACGAAAUGGGGCUUUUGUAGAUAAUUCAUUCGUUGAAAAGGGCAUAACUAUACCCUUGAUAGAUGGUACAAAAAUACAAAUAGGUGACAUUUCAUUUGGCUUUAUUUUGCCGUCGUCAGACCUUUCUGACAAAAGAGACUCAAGUGAUUCCAUUUUAAAGCCUUUCAAUCCUUCUGAUGCCAUUAACUUAAGAUCGAAUAUCUACAACUCGAAGUCCCCAACAUCAAAUAUUGAGAGAGAAAAUUCUCUCAUGCAAGAAAUUCGAGGUGAAGAACCUGGUUUUAAUAAAGACCUUGAUUCAGACCACUCAGCGCAAGAAAAUAAGAAUAGUGAGGAUUCAUUAAUAGAUCCUCAGAUACAAAGCUUAAUUCAUGACCAUUCUAAUCAAUUCUUGAGUUCAGACACGGAAAAGGUGGCAGAAAAGAGAGACGCUUCAUCCCAUCAAGAUCCUUUCGAAGUUGAUAUGUCAGUUUUGGACCAAGAAAUUUCAUCAUUGGCGCCUUUGAUUGAUGCACAUCAAGAAGAUCUUAUGAGAGAAAAGGAGGAGAAGCAAACUGGGUUAGAAGAACAGGAGAGGAAGAAACAGCAGCAUACAUUUAACUUGAACUCUCCCUUGAAUCUCUCUCAACAGAAGCAGCAGAGACAAAUGCCAUUAAUGGGAAAGCCUGCAACGCCUAGAAUGGGAAAACCUGCGUCUAUUCAACCUCCAGUUUCUAGACUUUACGGAAGGCCAUUAAGUGGACUUACGAAAACUCAAAUGAUUGACAACAGGCUUACCACGACAACUUUGACGGGCCUCAGUUCAAACUUAGGUGGAUCAGGUGGGUAUCCUUUGACUUUAGCUCACGGAAUGCCUUCCUCUAGACCAUCUUUUGCUCGUCCGCCGGCGCCAAAAUUGGAAGUUAAGAUAGAGACAAUCCAACCUAUGGUCAUCUCUACCCCUAAGCUUAUCAGUAUUACGAUAGACUCUAAGAUAAACUUUGCGUCAAUCUGUGUCCGUAAAACAGACGAGCCCAUUGUGUUGCCAAAAUCUCCUAAGAAAAGACGAGAUUUCAAGAAAACAGUCAAAAGUAGUUAUUCGAUGGAGGAAAUUCCUGAACCUUAUAGAACAAAGCCAAAUUUGUCAUAUCUGAUUAUGAUUCAGAGUGUCAUGAAAACUAGAUCCCAUGGAAUGGGGUUGACACUAAAUGAAAUAUAUGAAGCAAUCAAGGAGUUAUAUCCCUUCUAUAAAUAUUGUCCCGAUGGAUGGCAGUUUGCAAUCAGUCAUAGCGUAAGAUUAAACAAAGCAUUUAAAAAGCAAACUAAGCGUGUUAAUGAGUGGACAUAUGGCAUAGAUGAGUCGUUUAUAAGCGAACGAGAACGGGUGAGAAGAGAGCAACAGGAGGAAGCCGCGGCCAAGGCAAAAGCAGCAGCUUUGCGAACAGAGGAAUUGAAACAAAAGCAAAGAUUAGAAGCACAGCAGGCAUUAUCACAUAACAUAGUUGGCCGAGAUUUUGCUUCUCCGUAUUCAUCUAACAUGAGGAUUCCUCAAGCCCAAUUCAUGUCGCAGCUUCAUCAAAAGCCAUCCAAUAGUCAAAAGCAAAAGACAAUUGCAGAAUUAGCUAGUGAGAUAAGAAGGGAUAGUUCAACGUCAUCGAAGGGUCCGUUGUAUUUCAAAUCACAGUCGACAUUGCAAGUUAAUAGCAGUGGUGAACUAGUUAAGCGAAAUGAUAUACCGGCAAGUAUAUCCGGAACUUCAACGUUACCAGUCAACAUCAAAGCUCAACUAGCUGCAAAUAGGUCCCAAUCAUCAUCACAAUCCCCUCCUUCAAUCACGCAAACUAAUCGUCAAAUUUUUGAUCCACAACGAACAGCUUCACCUCGUAUUUCUUCAUCGAAAUCGCAUACAACUCCUGCAUUAUCCCUGUCAUCGCAUGUCCCAGGAGUUCAGUCACAGACUCUACCGCCUCCUUCAACAUCACCUUCAGCAACUGUACCACAAACGAUAAAUACCACGAUUCAGCAAUCUUUAAAUUCAAAGUCAGAAGCUUCAAGAGAAGCAUCUCCUUCUUCGAAUGCGGUUCCAGCUUCUAAGACAUCUCCUAAUUCUACAGCAAUACAAAGUUCACCAACAAUCUCAAAUUCGAUUUCAACAAUUCAAUCGAUAUCAAAGUCAUCGCAAGGAAUGUCCAUGACUCAAGACACAAAAAAAUCAUUAGCAUAUUUGCAAAAAGAAUUAUUUAACUUGUAUAAAGCCAGAAAGUUAUCGUAUGAUACUGCUACCACGACAGAAGUUAUUACGAAGGCACUUGCAACAACUAUCGCACAGGUAAAUGUGAUAGGUGCAAAAGCUGGUUGUGGUGACAAUGCACUAAGCUUUUUAGUUGACCAAGCACCGCAACAAGUUAGCAAGAUACUCGACAUUGCAUUAACCAAGUCUAUAAGAGAAAAACAGCCUUCAAGUCUGUCAAGUCGCGCAAGCACCCCAAUUUCUGCAGCUAGACUGCGAUCGCCGCCUCCGACACCCCUCGAAUCAAGCACAGCAUCAGGCGGCAAGUCAGACAACGGAUAUAACCAUUCUUCAAACAAUGUACCAAGAUCAACUCUUCAAAAGCCACUCCUGUUCAGCUCUGCGAAACCUUCAUCUUUUAAGUCAGAUAAUUCGAGAUCCACAAAUUACUCAUUGUUGUCCAAACCACAGAGCCUUUCGAAGCCAAAAUCACUUUCCAAUCCACCCCAGUUUCUAUCAAAUAAACCGUCGAGACCAGGGUUCGGAAAGCCUCCAAGUGUUUCAACCCUGAGUGCUAACAGCUUUGACAAGUCACCUACUAGACCGCUUAAUGGUCCUCCUUCUGACGUCUCUAUUGCUAUGAAUACUAAUGAGUCUACGAUUCCUACGAAGCGAGAGCUCACGAAGGAUGAGUACGAAAGCCCCAAAAAAGUGAUGAAACAAGAGGAAAAUUGA